AUGGAGGCGCGCUAUGCGGUGCAGUGUGAUUUGUGUGGGGAGAUGGUGAAGGUGGGGGAGCGCAUAUGGCCAGCUCGGGAUGUGCAGGGCCGCAAUGCCUGGCGGCAUGAGGCUUGCAUGGUUUCGGCAGGGCUAACGCUCGAAAGACCCACGUGCAAGCAUUUCUCGCGGACGGGUACGUGCCGGUACGGCGACGCUUGCUUCUUUCAACACAUUGCUGCGGCAAGUGAUCAGGUGGGGCAAGCGCCGAGUGACGGCACUGAUGGGUCUCCAGUCAAGCCAGCGAGCGAGCAAGCGGGCAAGCGCCAACGACGGCGGGUGCGGAAGGACUUGCGUGCCAGCGCCGUGCGACGCUUUUUGUUGGAUACCUUUGGCCGGCAAACUCUGAUGCAAGGGUCGGGUAUAUUGGACGUGGCGUCGGGUAAAGGCGAGCUGGCCUUUGAGCUGAGCCGGUUGAGUGGGAUUCCCGUUACGACAGUUGAACCACGGGAGCUGCAGCCGGUUGCCUUUGCGCGGCGGCUGCGUGGUGGGUGGUACUUUCGCAACCAGGCCCUGGCAGGUUACAAUGUGGGUCAAACAUUAGAGGAGAUUCGAGCCCGCCUAGCUCCCCUGCGUCAUGUGCGUGCCUGCUUCAUCUUGAACAAGCAGUCUGAGCCGACCUUCGAGCCCAUCCAGGACAGUCGUGGACUUCUCAACGCGACCAGCCGCUAUGCAGAUCCGCAGCGGGCCCACGACUUUUUGCCUCUUGACACAGAGCAGCAGGCCGCAUCGCCCGAAUCGGAGCAGGAUGCUCCAAAGCCCAUUGAGGAGCACGUGGAGGUGAUGCCACUUGCAGAAGGCACCAGCUUACUGGAGACAGCGUCUGUUUUUGUGGGCCUGCAUCCCGAUAGCGCCACAGAUGCGUUGAUUCGUUGUGCCCUGGCCUUCCGCAAGCCCUUUGCCGUUAUUCCCUGCUGCGUGCAUGCCAAAGAACAUCCCGGCCGACGCUUGACGGACGGAACGCCCGUUGUGCAGUACGAUCAGCUGUUGCAAUUUUAUCAUGAACUUGUGCCAGCCCUUCGGUCAGCCACGCUGCCCUUUGAGGGUCGCAACACCUGCCUAUAUUGGCACCCCGAUUUUGUUGUGGCAGAGCACGAGGAGAUUGCAUGA